GUCGAUACGUGGCCGCCGCCUGUCCCCGCUGAGGAGGCGCAGCAGCCGGAGAUGGCGGCGGUGCUGAACGCUGAGCGACUCGAGGUCUCCGUCGACGGCCUCACGCUAAGCCCGGACCCGGAGGAGCGGCCUGGCGCAGAGGGCGCCCCGCUCCUGCCGCCGCCGCUGCCGCCGCCCUCGCCUCCCGGGGCCGGCCGGGGCCCGGGCGCAGCCGGGAAGCAGCCGGAGCCCGGGGAGGCGGCGGCUGGGGGCGCGGCGGAGGAGGCGCGGUGGCUGGAGCAGCGCUGGGGCUUCGGCCUGGAGGAGCUGUACGGCCUGGCGCUGCGCUUCUUCAAAGAAAAAGAUGGCAAAGCCUUUCAUCCAACUUACGAAGAAAAACUGAAGCUUGUGGCACUGCAUAAGCAGGUCCUUUUGGGCCCAUAUAAUCCAGACACGUGUCCUGAGGUUGGAUUCUUUGAUGUGCUGGGAAAUGACAGGAGGAGAGAGUGGGCAGCCCUGGGAAGCAUGUCUAAGGAGGAUGCCAUGGUAGAGUUUGUCAAGCUUCUGAAUAGGUGCUGCCAUCUCUUCUCAACGUAUGUUGCAUCCCACAAAAUAGAGAAGGAAGAGCAAGAAAAAAAAAGGAAGGAGGAGGAGGAGCGAAGGCGGCGUGAAGAGGAAGAAAGAGAACGUCUGCAAAAGGAGGAAGAGAAACGCAGGAGAGAAGAAGAAGAAAGGCUCAGGCGGGAGGAGGAGGAGAGGAGACGCCUGGAAGAAGAGCGGCUCCGGCUGGAGCAGCAGAAGCAGCAGAUCAUGGCAGCUUUAAACUCACAGACGGCUGUGCAGUUCCAGCAGUAUGCGGCUCAGCAGUACCCGGGCAACUUCGAGCAGCAGCAGAUCCUCAUCCGCCAGCUGCAGGAGCAGCACUACCAGCAGUACAUGCAGCAGCUGUACCAGGUCCAGCUCGCGCAGCAGCAGGCAGCGUUACAGAAACAACAAGAAGUAGCAGUAGCGGGGGCUUCUCUGCCCACGUCGUCAAAAGUGAAUGCAGCUGUCCCAGGGGAUGCGAUGUCAGUUAACGGACAGGCCAAAACCCACACUGACACCUCUGAGAAAGAGCCUGAACCAGAAGCUGCAGAAGAAGCCCUGGAGAAUGGACCAAAAGAGUCUCUUCCAGUUAUAGCAGCUCCAUCCAUGUGGACGCGGCCCCAGAUCAAAGACUUUAAAGAGAAGAUUCGACAGGACGCGGAUUCUGUGAUUACGGUGGGCCGAGGAGAAGUCGUCACCGUUCGAGUACCCACCCAUGAAGAAGGGUCCUAUCUCUUCUGGGAAUUUGCUACAGACAGUUAUGACAUUGGGUUUGGGGUGUAUUUUGAAUGGACAGACUCUCCAAACACUGCUGUCAGCGUGCAUGUCAGUGAGUCCAGCGAUGACGACGAGGAGGAAGAAGAAAACAUCAGUAGUGAAGAGAAAGCCAAAAAGAACGCCAGCAAGCCCCUGCUGGAUGAGAUUGUGCCUGUGUACCGGCGGGACUGUCACGAAGAGGUGUAUGCCGGCAGCCACCAAUACCCAGGGAGAGGAGUCUAUCUCCUCAAGUUUGACAACUCCUAUUCUUUGUGGAGGUCAAAAUCAGUCUACUACAGAGUCUAUUAUACUAGAUAAAGAUGUUACUGCAGAGUCUGGAGUCUGGGGUUGGGCAGAAGAUGUCAUUUAAUUUGAAAGUUUCUUUCGACUUUGGUGGAGCGUUGCAGUCAGUGUUUGCCCGCUGGUUGUGGUCCGAUGGUUUGUGAACUCGCGGUGGGGUCAGGCUUUCCUCGAGACUCUUUAGCAUUAAUCCUUCGGGGUUAAGGGGAUUCCUCGUCCUCAUCCAGCCCUCGGGCGCUGACUGGCAGUCACUAGUGGGUACCGCAGUGAAAUGAGCUACGUGUUAAAUCUUUAAAGUCUCCAAAAUAAGUAUCCCAAGGUUGGCCCCCGCUGGCUGAUGGUUAGUCCGUUGCUCCCUGCUCACUGUUUUAGGAGAGCCCACAGUUACAGGGCCCACUUUAUGUUACAGUCUAUGUGAGGUACAGCAGACUUCGAAGGUCAUCAUUUUUAAAACUUAAAAACUUGAGACCUCAUGGAUUAUAAUAGGAAAAAAAAAUUGCCUCAAUUUAAUCUGGUUGUGAAUGACCCAGGUUGUUUUUUGCUUUGGGUUACAGCCAUUUAGUUCAGAGUUAUGUUACAGAGAGUUAUUUUCUGAGAUAAUCCAAAAAUAGAAUGUCCAAACCUGAUUGCUGGUUAAAGUAUUAGUAUGCAUAGGAGACCUCAAACAUCCACCUGAGCAAGCCUCCACGCACUCGCGGUCCUUUUCUCUUCAUUUGGUAUUUAUACUACCAGUAGCAAAGCAAAAUUAACUCAUUUUUGUCUUGAUUUGGCUUUAUAGAGCAUCUCAAAUUGAAACUUUUCUACACAGACAUAUAGUAAGGGAUUUUGUAAACUCAAAUUGCCACCUACUGGAUAAAAAUAGACAAAAAUCACUUAAAUACAAUUCAGUGUAUGAAGAAUAACAUUGCACUAAAAUGGAAGUCACUGCCAGAGAUGGUCCGUUUUUAAUUUGUUACCACUUAGGCCCAUCCCCUACACAGGUCCAGUUUGGAAAUUACUAGAGGGAAUUAGAAAUGCGUAUGCCCGUGCUGAAAUUUUUUAUAGCUUUAAUCUGUAUUAUGUCUUUAUUGAUGGGAAAGGGUACACCUUUGUUUUCUUUACUGAAAACAAAUAUGGGCUCAUUAAUUGCCUCAAAUAUGUGUGAUUGACUAGUGUAGAGAUUCUUGUUUUCAGCAGGGAGGGUAGUGCAGAUAGAAAAUGACAGCGAUCACAAUACACACAUGUUGUUACUAUAUGUUGUUACUGAAAUACUUAGAUUUUUUAAAUUUCAAAUCAUAAGUCACUUCUUGUAGGAGGGUCUCCAUUGAUUAGCUGCAGUAUAUCCAGGUCACUACAUAAGGAUGGGGCUGUUUGUUUUUGUGUGCUGCAUUUCUUUGUUUUUUAAUACCUGGUUUUGUACAUACCUAACUCUGUUCACUGUUGUUUAAAAACUGGAUUAUUUUCCCUAAGAAGUGCUCACCCUGUGUUUCUAAGUUUGAGUCGGUGGCCUCUGCUCGCGGGCGCCCGCACUGGCGCGGCGGAGCCCCGGCCGGGCUAUCAGCGUGCACGCGGCCGCGGCCGCAACCGCGGGGCCAGGCGCCUCCUGGCGUUUCUGUUUUUGUUUUUGUUUUUUGAGAAAAUACUGUAUUUAAAAUGUAAAAUAAACUUUUAAAAGCAGGCACUAAUAUAUAUUUCUUCCAGCCUUUGAUUACAGACUUGUCCUUGCACAUGUUAAAUGAAUUAUCUUCUAAAAAUACCGUUGUUCUUGGGAGCAGCGUGUGUCACUUCACAUGGCAGCGGCUCCUGUCACAUCUCCAUGUCAGAGCAUUUCGGGUUUAAACUUUUAUGUUGCCUUUGGCUGUUGAUUAGGACAGUUCAAAUGCGACUUCAAAGAAGAUCCUGAAAAUAAUAUAUUUAAUCAAUUAAAAUGUUUAUCUGUAACUUGUUGAUGUUUCAUUAAUAUAGUUUCUCUCUUGAAGCCUUAG